CGCCGCUCUCGCGAGACUCAGCGCGCGCAUCCCGGAAGCGGCGGCGGCACCCGGAAGCGGCGGCGGGCAGGAUGGACGACACGCUCUUCCAGUUGAAGUUCACAGCGAAGCAGCUGGAAAAACUCUCCAAGAAAGCCGAGAAGGACUCCAAGGCUGAGCAAGCCAAAGUCAAAAAGGCCCUGCAGCAGAAGAAUGUGGAGUGUGCCCGGGUUUAUGCCGAGAAUGCCAUCCGCAAGAAGAACGAGGGGCUCAACUGGCUGCGCAUGGCGUCCCGGGUGGACGCUGUGGCCUCCAAGGUGCAGACAGCUGUCACCAUGAAAGGGGUGACGAAAAACAUGGCACAGGUGACCAAGGCUCUGGACAAGGCCCUGAGCUCCAUGGACCUGCAGAAGGUGUCGGCAGUGAUGGAUAAAUUCGAGCAGCAAGUGCAGAAUUUGGAUGUUCACACGUCGGUCAUGGAGGACUCCAUGAGCUCGGCCACCACGCUGAGCACGCCGCAGGAGCAGGUGGACAGCCUGAUCGUCCAGAUCGCCGAGGAGAACGGGCUGGAGAUCAUGGACCAGCUCAGCCAGCUGCCCGAGGGAGCCUCGGCCGUGGGGGAGAGCUCUGUCCGCUCCCAGGAGGACCAGCUGUCCCGGAGGCUGGCUGCCCUGCGGAACUGAGCUCUCCUGUGCACGGCACCGCUGGAGCGGCCGCGGCGGAGGAGCCGGGACCCCCUCCUGCAGCCCCCAGCACAUCCCCAGCCCCCCCUGCCUUGGGACUCAUCUCAGGGGGGUGACAGCCCUUCCCUGAGCAGGCAGCGAUCCCGGUGGGAAUGUGGCCACUCCUGUGGCCGAGGAACACUGUGCUGGAUUGUGGGGGGUGUUUAGUUUGAGGGUGCUGCUGCUGCUGCUGCCUGGCAGAGCCCCACAUCCUGCUGCUGAUGGAACACUAUGGAGAUUUUCCUGGUCUUGGGAUGCUGCUCCCCAACUACUCUGUUGUUCCCUGUCCCUGCCCAGAGCUGAGCUGUGGGCUGAGUUCCUCAGGGGCUGUUUGGGAGGAGCAGGAGAACCCGUGGGGUUCCCAGUCUCUGGCAGAGCUGUGGGAAGGGCCCUGUGCCUGGCUGUGGAUCUGGGGAGGUCGGUGCCUUGCAGGAAGGGGUGGUGACACCGGGGUGUCCCCUCCCUCGCUGUCACUGUCCCUGUGCCCUUUGCUGCUCGUGUCCUGUUGCCCGACACCCCCAGCCCCGUACCACGAAGUGCCCUUUGGAACACGCCCCCUGCCCAGCCCUGUGCGUGUCAAUCCUCUCAUUCCCCAGGCACUGCCAGCUGGAAAUUGUUAUCCCGGUCCUAACUGCCAGUAUGGACCAGUGAGGACCCAUGUCCAGCACUGGAUUGCAGCAGCUGUGGUGGCUGCAGACACGUCCCCAAAUGUCCCCCUACUGGGUGGGUGUGGCAGGGAAUGCAAAACCAUCCCGGGAGCAGCUCUGUCUCAAUCCCUGUGCCUCGUCCCCUGGAUGUCCUCUGUCCCCUCGCUGCUGGCACCGGGCUGGGGGUGGGGGCUGUUCUUUGUGUCCCCUCCUGCUGUUCAUCCCUGUCCCUUGUCACCUUCCCCUGGGGCUGGAACUGUUUGCGCCCCUCCCGCGUGAUCCCCGGCACCGCGGAGCUGCUGGAUUGCUGGAAGCUCUCCAGGAAGGAAGCGCCGUUUCCUUUGGGUCUCCCAGGAGGAACUUUCACCUCUGGGAGAUGUCACGGGGGCCACCUCCCCGGCACAAACACUUCCCGCUGCGUUGAUUAUUUUUCCUGAGUUCAGUGGCCUUGGAGCGUGUGGCUGGUGACACAGAGCCUUCCUCACCACCGAGGAGGAGGAGGCAGCAGACCCUGGAGAUUUGUGCCUGGCUCCUGGCUCCCUGCACGGUGUCCCUGUGGCACUGGGGCCUCCAGACCUGCCCCCUGUCCCUCCUCCUUGGGCUGUCUCUGUGUGGUUGCAUUGGUGGUUUUUUUUUUUUAAAGUUUGUCUUAUUUGCCUUCUUUUACCCAAACCGUGUCCGUGCCCUUCUGUGGGUUUAAAUAAACAAUCUCUGAACACCCCAGUGUGUGUUGGGGGUGUAGAUGCC